AUGUCAGAUCUUGGGUUCAUAGUGGAUGACCACCGCGGCAAAGUGGACUCGGGCCACGGAAGCCAUGCUGAACAGUUGCGUUUGUGGCUGAACGGCCGUGUUGAUUUUCGAUGGGCGUACACCUUGAGCCGGAGUGAUAUUAUCGCGCUUUUAGCGGAUAUUAUCAGCCGCCCUGGUACUUACGGAGUGCCCGCUGAGAAUGUUGCAAACCUGGUGUUGAUACACCAGGAUAUCACUCACCUUCGAAUUUCAAGUCGAAUUGAUACUCCUACCCCUGAUGACAACAAUAAAGUCGAGGAGGUUCCCCCAGAUGAAGUCGAUGAAGAAGUUGAAGAGGUCACCUCGUACGAAGACAAAGUCAACGAAAGUCCACGCUCAGUCACUCCUCAGAACACCAUGGCACUCAUCACUGCAUCCCGUAUGCCGUACGAUCCUACACACUUGCAUGAGAUUGGUCCCUUGCGCAGAAAGCUUCCUGAACGUGGACAAGAAUACAAAAUUGGCAGUGACUGGGGAUUACACCGAAAGCUACCCGUUCAACCCCCUCUUGAGGGGCUUAUGGUUGGGAUCCUUACUCUUAUCGACCAACCAAAGCGCCGCAUCCACGAAGCCAAUACCAUUGCUAUGUUCGCUGCCUUCGGUCUACCUCAUAAUGCGAACAUGACUCAUCUUGCCGCUUUGGAUCUCAUCUCUCUGGAGGCCUUCCAUGAUGGCCCUGUUGUUCGUAAGGAAGCACUCCCAGAUCGCCGGUUUCUUUGCGGACCUUCAGCGCGUUUGGGACGCUUCCUUGACCCUGCUUGA